AUGAACCCCGUAACCAAGCACCUCGGCAGGGUUGUCGACCUUGGACAUCCUUGGCGUGGAGUUGGCCCCUUCAUCUUCGUUGUCCACCACCGUGACACCUAUCCCAAGGGUGAGGCAAACCUUGGCCCCGACCCCUCCCUCCUCAAGGGCCGCAACAUCGGCAUGGACAUGAGCAACGACCUUGGUACCGGCUGGAACAUGUACCACGGCAAGACCGUUCCAGGCUUCCCUGCCCACCCCCACCGCGGCUUUGAGACUGUCUCGGUGUGCAUGGAAGGCUACGUCGACCACGCCGACUCGACUGGCGCUGGCGCUCGCUAUGGCGCAGGCGACACCCAAUGGGUGACUACCGGCCGCGGAGUGUCGCACUCUGAAAUGUUCCCCCUUGUUCACAAGGACAAGGGCAACACGUUCGAGCUGUAUCAGGUCUGGCUCAACCUCCCCAGUGCCAAGAAGCUGUCGCCACCGGAAUUCUGGAUGCUCUGGAAGGAAAAGACCCCCAUCGUCAGGCGCGAGAACAACUAUGGCGUCGCGACCGUCCGUGUCAUGGCCGGCAAGUUUGACAACGUCGAGCCAGCACCCCCACCCGUCAACUCGUACGCCGCGGACCCCGAGUCGGACGUCGCCAUCUGGCUCAUCGAGAUGGAGCCGCGCUCCAGCAUCAAGCUCCCAGCCUGCAACCUCGACACCACCCAGCGCUUGCUGUACGUGCACCAGCCCGGUGCCGUCGUCGACAUUUCCGGCACGGCCGUCUCGGACAACAACGGCUUCCUGCAGGAGGCUCCCAAGGAGCGCCUGACCAUCACCAACGGCCCCAAGCCGGCGCGCAUCCUCGUGCUCCAGGGUGUGGACAUUGGCGAGCCCGUCGCCCAGCACGGCCCGUUCGUCAUGAACACGCAAAAGGAGCUCGAGGAGGGCUUUGCAGAGUACCGUCGCACCCAGUUUGGCGGUUGGCCGUGGCCCAGCGACCAGCCCAUCUACCCCGCCACCGACCCCCGUUUCGCCAAGCACGGUGACGGCAAGACUGAACUGCCAGAGGGCAGGGACGCGAUUGCCAAGCCGUUCGUCUACACGAAGGCAUAA